UCGGCUCCGAGCCGUGCGCGAGUUCGUUUCAUCGAUAGAUAAAGGUAUUCGUGUUUACACGCGGUCGGUCGACUUGUUUUCGAAUCGAAACCCCCGAACGAACCGUCGUGAAGUUGUCUGUUGCCUAUCUGUGCUGUGUACGUAUCCGUGUGUGUGAGUGUGAUAAGUGCGAGAUGGAUUAACCGAUCGGAACUCAUCCUUCUUCGAAAUUACAAUUUCCAAGAGAAACAGCCGAGAAUAUGCGGCUACUCCAUCUGUCACGUGGCUAGUCAGUCAGCAACGACUCGACUUACGAAGUUUCAGCUGAAUUCGAGAGGACACGGACUGUCCGCGUAAUUUGGUUCGUUUCGUCGGUCGACGUAUCGCGAUUACGGAAAUAAUAUAUCGGCCAUUCGUCGAUCGAACGUGAAAUUGAAACGUCCGAGUCGAGAUUGCAGAGCGAAGAAUCGAACAAAGAAUCGGCAGAUUCUCGAAUUAAAUUUAUACGCGUGUCCAAAAUUGUCUGAUACAACUGUUUAUACUAGAUUUAUAUAUUUAUUUAUUCAUUCGUUCGUUCGUUCAUUUAUCUUCUUGACAUAUUCUACGUCAUAUUUUUCCGUAUUUCAAAGUGCACGCGGAUCGGAAAAUAUAAUUGCAAAUCGUUCGGUUUUCGAUCGUAAUCGAGAUGGCGAGUUUCUGCAGCGUUUCCGCUUCAUCUACUUGCGUGCCGCGUAACGUUCGCUACAAACUUUCGGAGUGAUAAUGUCAGAGUGCGCGUUUUUAAUCCUAAUACUAUACUGACGAACUUUUUAUAUACCUGCUGGACGGUUUCCAUCGCGUCAAAUCAAAUAAAAUUAUUAAAAAAACAAAAAAAAAAAAAAAACAACAGCAACGCGGAUCCGAUCGAGGGAUUCUAAUCGAUUGUUAUUAGUUGGCGUGAUUCUUGUACUGCGGUUUAAGGAAAAUAUCGUUCGACCAAUUGUGAGGAUCGAACGAAUGUGAUGCUGAAAUCGGACAGCCGCCCCAGGUGCCUAUUAUGACUGAGUACCUGGACACCCACUUUGUUCGGGCUCUUUGCCGCGAUCCAGACAGACGGACUCUUCAGGAUCUGCAGAUUAUUUAUUACGGAUUAUUGGGUCUCGAGGCACUUCGACCCUGCAGGGAUUCCAUACUUCGUGGAUUGUGCAAAAUUGUUCGCUACGAGCGACACCAUGCGAAUCAUGUGCUAUACUACACCGGCGAACUCGCGACCAGCUGGUACAUCCUGCUGUCCGGUUCCGUCUUCAUUGAUGGAUCCAUGUUUCUGCCCCGUUCCAGCUUUGGUAAGCGGACGGGAGGAAGCGCCCGAAGGCCGAACGAAUGCUUCGUCUUGGAACCCUCCGAGAUGAUAGUCAUCGACUACCCCGAAGUACACGGUGGAGGCGGCAGAAUGCACAGAACGCCGCAUCCAAUCACCGACCAUCGUCAGGUCAACUUGGUAUUCGAUGAUACGUUUUCGCAGGGCCUGACUGGCAGGCCAGAAUUGUUUCAAAAGUCAAACAGAAGCAGCCAUUCCAGUGACACAAGCUCCGCUUAUAGCGGCUCUGACACAAUGACGUCUGUUCAAAGCUCCUUGGAUGCCGACGAGGUCGACUUGUCCGGACUUGUCGAGUCCAUAGUAGACAGCGACGAGGAAGAAGACCUUGCCGAAAGCAUGGAUAGCCUGACUGUCCGCGACACGAUAAGAGACUGCUUGGAGAAAGAUCCCGUGGAUCGAACUGCGGACGACAUAGACAUACUUUUGGAAUUUACGCAACACUUGAAAGCCUUUACGAAUAUGACGUUAGCGGUGCGAAGAGCGUUGUGUGCCGUUAUGGUGUUCGCCGUGGUCGAGAGAGCCGGAAUGAUCGUUCUUAACGAUGGUGAAGAAUUGGACAGCUGGAGCGUGCUGAUAAACGGAGCAGUUGAAGUUGAGCACAGCAACGGCCAGGUCGAGCAGCUCCAGAUGGGGGACAGUUUUGGUGUUCAACCAACUAAAGAGCGCCUCUUGCAUCGAGGGGUAAUGAAAACGAAGUGCGAUGACUGUCAGUUUGUGUGUGUAACGCAGGAUGAUUACUGCAAAAUCCAGAGUCAGGGUGUUGAGAACACAAAACGGCACGAAGAAAAUGGUCGAGUAAUAUUAGUCACUGAAUUACGAGGCGCGUCGGAUGGUACCGGACGUAAAAGUCACGUCGUUAUUCGUGGCACCCCGGAACGUUUGAUGUUACAGUUAAUAAAAGAGACUAGCACCACAGAUCCCACCUAUGUAGACGAUUUUUUGUUGACGCAUAGAACGUUUAUUGACAAUCCACUGUUGGUAGCUAAUCAACUUUUAGAAUGGUUUACCGAACCACAAGUUAGGGAUCGUGUAACUAGAGUUGUGUUGUUUUGGGUGAAUAACCAUUUCACGGAUUUUGAAACUGACCCAGCAAUGAUGGAGUUUUUGGAGACGUUUGAGAUCGGUUUGGAAAAAGAAAAGAUGCACGGUCAGUUGAGAUUGCUGAAUAUUGCGUGUGCGGCAAAAGCGAGAACGCGAAACGUUACAUUGACAAGACCGAGCAGAGACGAAGUCCUGCAUUUCAGCAUACUCGGUGGCUAUGAGAGAAAUUUUGGAAUUUUCAUCUCUAAAGUUGACAAACGAUCAAAGGCUGAAGAUGUCGGAUUGAAAAGAGGGGAUCAAAUUCUCGAAGUAAACAGGCAAAGCUUCGAGCACGUCAGUCACGCGAAAGCCCUCGAAAUUCUCAGAGGAUCAACGCAUCUCAGUAUUACGGUCAAGUCCAAUCUUCUUGCAUUCAAGGAGAUGCUACAGACACCCGACAACUCACCAAGACCAAGGGGAAGGGUGAGCAAGCCGGAAAUUACGAGAUUACAAACCGACCUCAGACUGUCGACGCAUACGGAUCCAUUGACACCAGUAAAUGCCAUCAAUCCCUUGGUCUGCAACUUGCCGUUGUUAAUGACAGACAGUAAUGUCUCGCCGUGUAAAGACGCUAAGAAGGAGCACAAGGGUUUCAUGACGCUAGCGCCGAAAAAGAGGCUGCAAAAGGCACUGGAAAAGAUGAAAAUAUUGCCAAAGAAUACUAUCAACGAUGGCGUACACGUUGAUGACCCCCUAGGUCCUCCUCAUACCCCACCAGGUACGGGACUCACCCAAACUUCGAACCUCUAUCAUUCCAGAAGUAAUCCAGAUCUCACUACGAUAUAUUACGACGACCGUGCGCCAGAUUAUCCUGAACACGUUCUCAAGGUUUACAAAGCUGACCAGACUUGUAAAUAUUUAUUAGUACACAAAGAGACAACAGCUCACGAGGUUGUAAUGCUGGCUCUACGAGAAUUUGGUAUAACUGAUAGCAGUUCGAAUUUCUCUCUGGCUGAGGUGAGCGUCAGGGAAGGCGGUAUGAUCAAGCAACGUCAGUUGGCUGAUAAUUUGCAAAAUUUAGCGGAAACGAUAGGUCUUAGUUCUCGUUACUACCUAAAAACAAAGGGUGUAUCCGAGACUCUUGUUGCCGAUGAACAGGCGCCCGAACUUGUCCGCGAAUCGCAAGUUCAUUUCCUCCAUCUAAAUGCUGUUGAAGUUGCGAUUCAGUUGACGCUACAAGAUUUCAGCAUAUUUAGGAAAAUCGAAUCGACCGAAUACGUUGACGAUUUAUUUGAGCUAAGGAGUAGGUAUGGCACGCCGAUGCUCAGGGACUUUGCCGAGCUCGUCAACAGAGAAAUGUUCUGGGUUGUGACAGAAAUUUGUUCGGAGCACAAUCUUGUCAGACGAAGCAAAAUCAUCAAACAGUUUAUCAAAAUUGCUCGGCAAUGUAAAGAGUGCAAAAAUUUCAACUCAAUGUUCGCAAUCGUUUCUGGGCUGGGUCAUGCGGCAGUUGGUCGUCUUCGAGCAACUUGGGAGAAACUCCCUACUAAAUAUCAAAGGUUAUUCAAUGAUCUGGAAAAACUCAUGGAUCCAAGUCGAAACAUGAGCCAGUACAGGCAGCUGAUAGCAUCGGAACAAACUCAACCGCCAAUCAUUCCUUUUUACCCAGUUGUUAAAAAAGACUUGACUUUCAUUCAUCUGGGUAAUGACUCCAGGGUUGAAGGGCUAAUCAAUUUUGAAAAGCUCAGGAUGAUCGCCAAGGAGGUGCGUACACUAACGAAAAUGUGCUCCUCGCAGUAUGAUUUGCAAACCAUGACAGACAUCGGAGGACAAGCAUUAAGCUCAGCAAUGGUGUCAAUGAAUCAAAUGAACUCGGCGAAUCAAGGGGGACAAACGGCAACCGUGAAGAGACGGAAGAAGUCAACGGCAGCCCCGAAUCCCAAAAAAAUGUUCGAAGAGGCUCAGAUGGUUCGCAGAGUAAAAGCUUACCUAGCCAACAUGGAAGUGAUCACAGAUGAAGAGCGUUUGCACGCGCUUUCCGCCGAGUGCGAACCCCACGCGGGUGCGGUCGCGAUUGCUGCCGCCGUGCCGUUGGCCAACAGAGGUAGGAGACACCCGUCACCUACGCUGUCGACGACGAGCAGCGCGAGUAGCACAAGCGAAGGUCGGAAAAGCAUACAAGGUACAAAAUUUGGAGCAGCAUCGCCACAAGCGCAGAGAAAAAUACUUGCCUUAUCCGACCCUCAUAAGACGAGACCUCACCAACCAAAACACUGCCCAGCUCCACUUCCUAUACCUGGCCUAGCUCUGCAUGCGGGUGGCUUGGAACCCAGUCCCGGAGCGCCGAGAAGAGUCGGAUCAGCAACGAGGGUUCCGAUGCACGAGAGAUCGCAUAGCGAUACACCUUCUGGACUGCCGCCACCUGUUGAUCUGAGUGCAGAAAGCAGCAGUGUUACUAGUCUGAGUAAUCUGCAACCUCUGAGAAAAACACUGACCAGUGGUUCCGUGACAAGCAGUGACAGUGGUCACAGUACGCAAUUGGACAGUCACAGUGGCAGCAGCGUUGAAGCCGGUGGCAGCCCGCCUCCUUCGCAGAGACGACACUCGGCUAUGCAAGGGUCUGUAAUGAGGGGGGGACUACCUCCGUUCCCACACGCAGUCGCCGUGCUGCCUCCACUUCCUGCCACCUACAACCACUACUAUCACCACCCCCAACCUCCUCAAGGGCUUACAGGUAUAGGAGUUGGUAUUGGCUUGCCUCCUGGAGGAAUGAUGAUGCGAGGUGGUCCAACCCGCCAACCACCUGCCUAUAAAGUAGCGGCGCAGAUGGCUAGGCUCCACAGAUUGGGCAGAGCCCAUAGCCACGAGGGGGUCACGUAUCACACCGACCACGAUGAUGAUGACGAGGAUGCUCAAGUUUCGGCGGUGUAAUCUUCGGUAAGAUUAAAGCUAGCCGAUUUUAUUUUUACGUUAGGUAAUUUCUUGUUGGAAGAAAAAGGAAAACAAAAAAAAAGAAAAAAACCGACAUGUAAUGCAAGAGAAAAUAAUAAUAGUGACAACAAUGAUAGCGAAUUAAAUACCACCGUGAACUGAUUGAUCCGAAACUAUAAAGUGCUGGAACAUUUUCCAUAUCUUUUUUUUUUUUUCUAAUUGUUUUGUUUUUAUUUUCGUUUUAACGGUAUGUAAUAGAAUAGAUGCCAAUAAAAGAUAACAGGUUCUUCCUUUUGAAUUAUAUAACAGUCGAUGGGUAGCAAAUUCGACUAAUUGAAAAAGGAAUAAUAACCAAGAAGCUGAUUUGACGAACAAGACAUAUAUUAUGUAUAAAUGUAAACUGACACAAAUAUAUACUAUAUGUGUUGGAUGUCCGACCGAUCUUGCGGAUAACAUCGAUCAGUUAUCUAUUCAGAUCUUUAGCUAAAAAUUUUCUACACAAGACUGCGAGAGUACAUAUGAAUAAAUAUUCGGUUAUAGCGCAAAUAUAUUAUAUAAAUAUAUAUUUUGAAAAAGUGAAUGUUGAAAGACGUGGAAUUAUAAUUUGCUCCGUCUUCUUUUAUGCAUGUAGUGAAUAUUAAAUAUUGAAAAUACGUCUAAUUUUUACUCAUUUUCAUUGUUAGCUGUGGGAAAAAUUUUGCAAUGAAAUAUGCACGUUUACCAAUAUUUUACUAGAAGAUAUUCCACCGUCAGCUAAAGACAGAUUAUGUCGAGUACACUUUAUAGAGUAAUAAUAAUAUUAUUAUUGAAUUAUUAGUAAUAGUAAUAACGAUUAAUAAUAAUAAUAAUAUAUUACAUUUUAUAACGAGAUAACUUUUGCGUUAGCUUGGAUAGAAUUGAUCUUUUAGUUGAAAAAAUGUGGAAGUAAACGAUUCGCAUUCAUUUUUAAUAAAUCAUUCACUUUCGGCGAUAUUUAACCAAUUGUUUUCUCAAAGAACAGAAUUAUCAAGCGUUAUAACGUGGAUCGUGGAUAUAUAUUUUAACGAACUAUUAGUUUUUUCUUUUAACUCUUUUAAUUCUUCUCUUAUUUUGUUUUGUUUAUGAUUUUCUACCAAGAUACGGGUGCGUACGUUAUAAAAUCUCGAUUUACGAAAGAUCUGAAUCUGACAUUGAAAUUAAUUUGUAAACAGGAAAGACUAUUAUGAAUAUACAAAACAAUAUAUGUAUACUAUUCAUAUACGCUCGAAAACAAAUUUUAUUUUUAUUUUUUCAACAAAAGUCGAAGAUCAAUAACAUUUCACGUUAUAACUGAGAAACUAUUAUUAUUAUUAUUGUAAAAAAAAUGGAAAACCGGAUCAAAAGCGUCCGAUCUAUACGGUAAAGAAGACGUAGGUAAAAGAAAACUGUGAAUGACCAACGCAUUGACUAUGAUUAAGACAGUAAAGAAAACGGAAUGAAAAAGAAAUUGAUUAUCGACAAAGUGAUUAAAAAAAUUCAUCUCAAAUCGAUAUUGAAUAUUAUACAUAUACAUUUGGAAAACUGAUUUGAUUUUUGUAUUUAAAAAUAGUAAUAAUAAUAAUAUUCUAUAGAAUAUAAUAUAAUAUAAUACAAUACAAUAUAAUAUAAUAUAUGUGUAAUAAGUUGAGCCCAAAGAUGUUAAAUAUCGUUUAUUGCUGAUAGCUGCUGUACACAACGCGGCUUCUGUAUUAUAUAAUUUUAAGUUAGCUUUUAAAUUUUGUAAUAAGUCCAGUUUACUGUAAAUAUAGUACAAUAAUAAUGAUAAUAAUAAUAGUAUUAGUAUAUUAAUAGUAAUAAUAAUAAUAAUAGCGAUCGAUUCCUAUUGACCAGGGGAACAUAAAUUAGAUUUAUUGUUAGUUCAAAUUCGCGUCUAAAACUGUUAAUUAUAAUAACGUGAACAAAUCUUUUUCCGUGCGUACCUCUAUGUUGAAAUAAUGUUGCAAUCCGAGUUAUGGAUUAUGCGUGACAAAACGAACAAUUUCUAUAUCACAUUGUUUAUACAUACAUACACACGCGUACAGUAAUUCUCCGAAGUAAUACGGCACGGGUAUCUUUCUAUGCAGAAAUGAAUCGUAAAUCUAGUGGUUUUAUUCCGUACGCGUGACGGUAAACAUACAUUUUCUACAUGGCAUAAAAUAUUUAGGAAAAAAUAUACGCGCAACAAGUGUCCGUCUCGGAGGAAGAACAAAAAGAAAAUAUUGCAGUAUAUUUACUGUUAUUUAUUUGCAUGUAUGCAUGUAUAUCAAUUUCUCUCUCGCGUCCAUUGAUUUCGUUUUAUCAUGGGUAAUCUUUACGCAAAAGUAAACAAACCAACAUUCAGCCUUGCGUCGGUUACAAAAAAGAAAAGCAACAAACAACAAAAAGUGUAACGUAUUACUUUAAACUGCAAUUUUCUAUAAACUAAUAUAUAUAUAUAUAUUAUUAUUAUUUAAUGAUGAGGAUAAUAAUAAUAAUUGUAUAUUACGUAGCUGUAGUAACGAUGAUACCUGUAUGUAUAUGUAUUAUUGGGCUGUUGUGGUUAAUUGGUUAAAGAAAAGCCUGAAUUUCCCGAUUUACCAUCUCACCUCGAUCUCUCUGCCACCAGCUUGGUAUAGUGCAAUGCAGAAAGAUGAAACCAAACUAUUGAAAAAAAAAAAAUACCCACUCAGUGUCCACGAAGUCAAAUGAAC